AUGGCGGCACCGACUCCUCCUGAAUCGCUUGUGCAGUAUGGUGAGCCAAUCUUUACGGGCGAGACGCUCGAUCCACCAAAGAAGGUCCUGGGUGUUGCCAACUCCGGAUCUUCCUCGAAUUCCAUCACGGCAGCAACUGUCGUGGCAGCAGCAAAUGAAUCCGCUGGAUCCACUUCCAAUGGCAAAGGCUCCGAUGGAGUUGCACGGGUCGAAGAUAUCCUAAAUGCCAUUUUACCACCUCAGAUGUGGUCGGAGGAGAAUUCGGGUUUCUGGCUUCGAUACGCGUCGAGUGUGCCCUCGACUCGCUUCGAUGUGCUGAAGUUGCAGGAAGCUCUUGACGCCAAAUUACUACAGCGACAAGCUCGCGAAAGUGGCAUUUGUCCUGUUCGAGAGGAUCUGUACUGCCAAGCUUUCGACGAAUUGAUCCGUGAGGUGACACUCAACUGUCCGGAGCGAGGAUUACUGUUAUUGCGAGUUCGAGAUGAACUCCGACUCACGACGGAUGCUUACAAGACGCUCUACGACUCAAGUCUGACCUUUGGGGUCCGGAAACAACUACAGGCUGAAGAUGGCAUGGGAGGUCUCGCAGAGCAGAUUGCCAGUCUUCAGCGUGACAAAGAGGAGGGCGAGAGCAAAGUGGCUGAGCUCACCAACAAACUCGAGGUCAUCGAGAAGCGAGCAGCCGAACGCAAAGCCCUGCAAGAGAAGAAGUUUAAAGAAGAGCUGGACUUCCUCAAGUAUCAAGGACAACAUCUUGAUGCUUUCCUCAAGUCUGCUGGAGGUGGCACUGGUGUUUCUGCCGGUGCCAAAUGA